GGAACAGAGAGACACCAUGAGGAUCCCACUGUGCCUCCUCACACUGGUGUGGUUUCCUUCGAUCCAAGCUGGGGCUUGUGUAAACUCAACAAGAAUCAAAACAGAGACAGUGAGUCAUCUGCUUCGUGGUGAUAGAGACUCUGACACAACCACCACACAUGCAACAACGAAAGCCAGAGUUUCCCUGAGUAAGUGCUGAGCAGAAUCCGCGUCAUGUUACAAUUUUUAAGACAGCUAUGUCUAAAAUAACUGGUACUUUAUUAUUGUUAUUAUUAUUAUUGUUAUUAUUAUUAUAACCCCUAUACUUGACUUUGUAAAAAAAAUUAUUUAAAAAAGGAGUCUUAAUUUAUUUGUAAUUAAUACAUUUUGAGACUUUCAUAAACUUUGAAGUAAUUCUGCCAUAAGAUUUAUAGUAUUUUAUAACUGCAUACCUCACUGGAGGGUUAUGUUUUCUUGUACCUUAACUGCUUAUUUUACAAUAAUCACAACACCUAUCAAAGCAUUUUAUAAUGACUUAUAAGGAUCAUAACAAGAUUAUACCACUUCAAAUGUCUCACUCACUGACAUGCAUGGGUCCUAAUGUUUCAUAAUUCCCAUUGUUGUAACAGAUUGUAAUGUUUUCAUAAUGCAUUAUAAUCACACACGGCUCCCAUCAUGUUUCCAGUUAACUGAUGACGCCUGACUCAUGACAUAUUGUGUGGCUGUCUCUUAAUCCAAUCCACUUUAUUUCUAUAGCACAUUUUAAAAACAGAGGGUUUGCCAAAGUGCUUCACAACGAACAUAACAUUAUAACAAAACUAUAAUAUUACAAUAGAUAAAAGGAACAUAAAGGCUAUGGACAGACAAUAAAAGCAUAAAAUAGGUAGAGCAUAGCUCAGACUGACUCGAAAGCGAGGGAAAAGAGUGGGCAACACUUUGACAUGGGGGGGCAGGUCGUUCCAGAGCCUGGGGGCUACCGCUGAGAAGGCUUGGUCUCCCCUGGUCUUUUUCUUUGUUUUAGGGACUACCAGCAGCAGCUGAUCAGCCGACCUCAAAGCCCUUGACGGGGUGUACACAUGUAGGAGGUCGGAGAUGUUCUGAGGGGCCAGCCCAUUAAGAGAUUUAAAAACAAACAAUAAAAUCUUAAAAUGAACCCUAAAAUGGACAGGAAGCCAGUGGAGGGAAGCCAGAAGAGAAGACUGUAGACAUGUCCUGGGUAGGUGUCUCAGCAAAGAGAUGUGGACCAGGUGUUAUGAGUCCGAAAUUACAAGCUGCAGUGUAAAGCGCCGUUCCCUGAACUUCAUUCAUCUGAUGGUGAACUCGUCUCAAGAGGCAGAGGAGAGUCCCACUCCGCAGCACACGGUUCACAUCCCCUCCACCUGUCUGCAGAGGAUCAGCGGAGAUGCGUCUCAGAAGGAGGUCCUGCUGGUCGCCACGGUGAUCAACAGCACUUUAUUUAAGCUGAGCCCCCCGAGGAUAGGGAGACGGCGGGUCAUACUAGAGAAGCCUAUCAUCAAACAAGUUCUAGGGGGGUUAGUCCUGGCAGUGAGGGCGGGGAACCAGUCUGUCAGAAACCUCUCACAACCUGUCAGAUUAACCUUCAGACACAACAGACAGGUAGAAAGUGGGACCUGUGUGUUUUGGCAGGAGUCACACUUUAACGAUGGAACAGGUGUUUGGAGCACAGACGGAUGUGAAACCAGUGAAACUGGAUCGGAGUAUAUUUGUAGCUGCAACCACCUGAGCUUCUUUGCUGUGCUUGUGAACCCAGCACUAUCAGUACAGUCUAAACGCAGUGCUGUGAUCCUGAGCAACAUCACCUACAUUGGUUCAGCACUCUCCAUCUUCUUCACCAUCAUCAGCCUGAUCAUCUAUAUAUGUCUACAACGACAGCGUCCUGAGAAGGCUAUCGGUGUGCAUUUGCAACUCUCAGUAGCACUGCUCUGCCUCCACCUCAGCUUCCUGCUGGGCAGCUUCUGGGUGUGGCAGCUGAAGGAGGGUGAGGAGGGCUGGGUGUGCGGGGGUCUGGGUCUCUUCUUACACUGGUCGCUGCUGGCCACUGUUUGCUGGAUGGCUCUGGAAGGAUUCCACCUCUAUCUCCUCUUGGUCCGCGUCUUCAACAUCUACGUCAGGAGAUACCUGCUGAAGCUCAGCCUGGUUGGAUGGGGUAUUCCUACACUGAUUGCAGGGGUUUGUGGGAUUUCAGGUGUUUACGGCAAAUACACUUUGAAAAUAAUUGAUGCCACCAACCCCAAUACAACAUCACAGAUAUGCUGGAUGAGCAGCCAGUUCCCACAGAUGCCUUUAGUCAGCUACGUCACUACCAUGGCCUUCCCUUGCCUGGUUAUACUGUGUAAUUUCUGCAUGCUGGGGUUGGUGGUGUUUAAGCUGUGGAGGCUGAGGGCGGGCGGAGGCAGCAGUGGCUGGAAGAAGAUGCACAGAGAGAAAGGGAUUAGGUUAUGGAAGGACUGUGCCACGGUGCUGGGCCUCAGCUGUGUGCUGGGCUUACCCUGGGGGUUAGCUGGGACCACCUACAUCUCCCUCUCUGGGAUCUACCUGUUCACCAUACUAAACUCCUUGCAGGGUUUGUUUAUGUUCCUAUGGUCCGUAGCUUUGACCUGCAAGCCUCGAACUGAUGAUAACUCCUCAAGCAAAGACCCUUCCUCUCAGAAAGUGAUGACUACCAGUUUCAAUAACUGAUAUUUACAGCUCUGUUCAUCUUCUGGCCCAUCUCCCAGCUACCUUUUUUAUCUAAAGCCCUGGAGUGAGUAGUCUAUGCCCAGCUGCAGUCUUUCUUAACCACGCAUGGCAUUCAUGAAAAGUUUCAGUCUGGCUUCAAACCCAUGCACAGCACUGAAACAGCCCUUUUAAGAGUUUUGAAUGAUCUGCAUCACAGGCUCUGCCCUUGCAUGGUUCAGGUCCUACCUGACAGACUGUAGCUUCUCAGUGCAGCUAGGUGCCUUCU